AUGAGGACUCCUUUGGCCUUGCUUCUCCUGCUCAUCGCCGUGACGACCACUGUGUUGUCUUGUUUGGAAUGUAAAGGUGAGGCACUGAAAUGUCACAUGUGUGUCGCGACCAAUGAGGAGGAGUGUAACCAACAAGGGUCAACUAUAUGCCCCGCCCACGCAGAUGCCUGCUCCACUAUCACAGGGCCCAACUCGGUGAUGAAAUCCUGUUCUUACGCGUCCUUCUGCGAGAAGGCCCACAUGAGCCACGGAGACAUGAAGCUCGAGUGCUGCUUCACCGACGACUGCAACGGGCCCCGUCGCGCGCACAGCCACGGGGAACGCAACGCUGCCACGCGGCUGGGUCUCGGGCCGACCGGACUGCUCGCGGUUCUGCUGUUGCGGGCGGCGGCUCGGGUCCUGUAGUCCG